AUGUCAGAUUACAUCUGUUUCGAAAUCCAACAAGAAAUCAUCAAAAGGCUUCCUGUGAAAUCAUUGAUUCAAUUCAGAUCGGUGUGCAAAGCAUGGAAGUCAUUGAUCGAUUCCUCUGAGUUCAUUGCUGGUUACACCAUCCCGCACACUCAGCCGCGACAUCUGCCUAUAAAGUACGAACUCAAAGAUCGGCAAGAAACCGAGGUGAAAUGUGUUUGUUUUGUCGAUGAUGACACUUUCCCCCACCAAAAGUUCGCUCCGACUGUGCCUUCGCUCCUCGAAGAGCUUCAUCAAUCGAGAAUAAUCGAUAGUUCUCACGGCUUGUUGUGCUUUUACGGUCGUUACCAUCGAAAGCAACGCGAUUCGUGUCUCAACGCCGUAACAGACAUGGCACUUGUGUGGAACCCUUCACUUAGAAAAUCGAUUGCAGUUGUCGUCCCCAAUGUGUUAAAACCAUUUUCAAGUGUCAUUGGUUUUGGGGUUUGUCGUGGCACUGGUGACCCUAUGCUUAUCAGGGUUUCAUAUAUUAGUAUAUGGGUUAAGUCAACAAGAAUAAGCUGCAUCCCAUGGCAAGUUAUGGUGUUUACAUUGAGCUCAGGAGAAUGGACAAGUCUAUGUGGUAAUCUGCCUCGUAAAUCACUUGUAUUCACAUGGUCGUCAGCAGUUAUAGGCCAGUUUAUCUACUGGUUUGCCUUCGAUCGGUUUGAGGACGAUGGUCGAUUAGAGUUUCGUAAUCUGAUCGUGUCAUUCGAUAUGGGCACGAAGGAGUUCAGUGAGAUACAGCUCCCAGAUAGUUUGGCUGAUAUUGGUAGUUUGUUUCACCAGCCUGAAUUAGCUUUCACCAUCUCCAGGCUAAGGGAGUCGCUUGUUGUGCUUGAAUACAGUUCGAAUACAACCGAGCUUCAAGUUUGUGGUGUAUGGAUGAUGGAGCAUGGUGAUCCAAAAUCAUUCACUAAGCUAUUCACCAUUAAAGCACCAGAUGCAAGGAUAAAGAGGACUCUGGGGUUCAGCAAGAGUGGCAAACCUCCUACGUUUGCUGUAUACGAACCUUGUUCGGAGCACGUCAAGGAUCUUGAGAUUUCCGCAACCGAAGAUUCUGUGUUUGUGAAUUCGUACACGGAAUCGCUGCUUCUGCUCAACGAGGAAGAUGAAAGGGUUUAUUCUGUGAUGGCCUCAUUGCAAAGUGUGGAGCUGUGA